AUGAUUGCGGGGAUAAUUCCUCUCUCUCAUCUGGCACCCCGGCUGGCGGAGGCGUAUGCGGCUGUUAGAGACGCGGAAGAACCAGCUUCCCCGCGUGCUAAGGCUGUACUAGGUGCUCUUGCCAGAAGGAGGGCAAUGGAAGCAUGGAAGGCUGAGGAGCUUGAAUUAGCAGGGAUCACUGCAGCAACGGGGGUGCGCGCGAGGGCUGCUAUUGCCGAACGGUUGGUUGAGUGGAUUGGGAGGCCGUUCUCCAUCGGGACGACAUUCCACACUACUCAACUGAUGACCGGCCAUGGCUGCUUUUCAGCGUAUUUAUAUAGUAUGAAGAAGAUCCCCUCCCCACGGUGCUUCCACUGUGGGGGGAAUGAGGAUACGGCGGAGCACACCUUGAUCGACUGCCCGGCAUGGACGGAUGCUAGGAAUGAAUUGAUCGAGGCAAUAGGUGGAGGGCGGCUAACGCUUCCCGGGAUAGUCGGGGUCUCCCUGACUGUUCCGGGGGUAUGGGCGGCCUUUCGGACCUUCGCUGGGCGGGUCAUGCGAACCAAAGAGGACGCUGAGAGGCGCCGGGAGCGAUCGCGUGAUCAAAGACCUAUGAGUGAUAGUGUAUGUGCGGAAAGAAGUGCGAACAAUAGGCCACAUAGGAGAAUGGCUCCAGUGCGGCCACCUCGGGCAAGGCUCCGAGCGGCUCAGGCGGCGCCUGGCUCAAGCGUCGCUUUUCCAUAA